AUGAAACCCCGGGGCGCUGGAGCACCAGGCCGCGCCCCUGUUCCUUCACCGGGCGCCGCUCAACUUUGUUUUUCUUCUCGAAUCGCGCGUGGGACGGAUGGGCUGUAUUAUUUGACCGCGCCUGGGGGGGGGGGUGGACGGGGGGGGGGGGGGUGGGUGCGAGGAGCCAAGGGGUCAUCUUCGGGGGCCGCGGGGCGGCGGGUCAGAUUCGGGGCUUGGGGGCUGGGGUGGGAGGCGGGCGUGGGCCCCCACACAACUUGGGGGGAGGUAGAGGCGCCAGGGGUGUGGAGUGCGUCGCGGGGUGGGGGGGGGGCCGCCGGGCGGGUAGGGGGGGCACGGGUGGCACGGGGGAGGAGGGGUAGGCGGGGGCGGAUGGGGCAUAAGGAGGCGGGGCAGCCGGGCGGGGACGGGGCGGCAGGGAUCGGGGGGGGGUUGGGUAGCUUGGGGCGCGGUGCCACGGGGGAGCGAGGGGGGGCGGGGGGGACGUAG